GCGUCACGCAUGAUAUCCUCCAAAAGCUAUGUUGCUCACCAUGGCCACUGACAGUCCCUUCAUCAAGAACCUCGCCUCGAGCGACAAGGAAAUCCGCGAUAAUGCGCUUGAUUCUCUACGAACUUACCUCGGAGGACGCUCAGAGAUUCCCGAGCUUGACCUUCUAAAGCUUUGGAAAGGCUUAUUCUACUGCCUAUGGAUGCAAGACAAGCCUGCUCUACAACAGAAGCUCUCGCGCGAUUUUGCCUCUAUAUUCCCAACCCUCCGCUCAGGCGUCGCACUCCCCUUCAUCCGCGCAUUCUUCCUCACGAUGUCCCGCGAGUGGACGAACAUUGAAGCUCUACGCCUCGAUAAAUACCUCUACCUCAUCCGUCAAUACAUGAAUGCAUCAUUUCAAUAUCUUGCCGCGAAGAAAUGGAAGCCCUCAGUUCUGACAGAGUACAACAAGAUCAUAGAGGAGACACCGCUCAAUCCCACCGAUAUGAAGAUCCCGAACGGCCUGCGAUACCACGUACUCGAUGUCUGGGUCGAUGAGCUUGAAAAGGUCAACUCUGAUUGGGAGGAUCAGAAGAAACAGGAAGUCCUGGAGAUGUUGGUUUCACCCAUUGAAAAUUUGGCCAAGAAGGGCGCCCUGAAAGUCGUCAGGGAAGCGGCAAAGGAGGCUCUAAUGGACGAGACACUUCGCAAAUGGAGAGGGCAAGAAGAUGAGCCUAUGGCCAGGCCGGAAGAGGACGAGGAGGAUGACGGCUGGGGUGGAUUCGACGACUAGGCGUUCAUUCAUAAGAGCAGGACACAGGGACUUCGCAUUUGUUUUAGCGCGGCGUUAUGGCGGUUGCAUAUCAAAAUAGAGGUUCCAAAGGUUUGAAGAGUUAGAAAUGUGGUCGGGAGUACGAUACGCUGUUUACAUACCUCAAGACCUCAAGGAUACCUUACCACAUCUCCCAUCUACAUGCCGAGAAGGAUAAUUCUCUCAACAUGUCCUACAACAGUCUACUCGUCACGUGAGCUAAUAGAGCCAUCUAUAC